AUGGGCCUACGACUCUGGGAUCCCAAGGCCCGUGUUACUAGCGAUGAGGCUGGUACUACCAUCACAAAGUACGUUCUACCGCCCGCCUACAAUCCUGGACCAUAUGAGCGGGAUCCGGACGGCGACGAAGAGCACGGCCUGACUUACGCGCCUUCCCUGGCCUACUUCUGCGUGAAAGCCCUGAUCGAAGUCGCGGAUCAAGUACAUCUUAUUGGAUCUGCGCGUCUCCGCUACCGUGCUCCCGAAGUCGAGGGCUCCUAUGACCCCUUACGGGCCCUGCUACCCUCCUACGGGACCGACGCGUUCGACUUGUCCAAAGUCGAUCCACGACUAUGGGCAGUGCUCAUACAGGUAUACGAAAAUCUCCCGGAUGAUAUUCGCACCUACCGCCUCCCAUUGGCAGACAAACACCUUCCUCUGCUCCAGUCCAUCCCAUCGACACUGGACUUUACCUUGAUCACCCUGUUGGAUUUAUCACGCUGCCCGGAACUCACAGACAAUACUAUAGUAGAGCUGAAGGCUCUUCAUUGCCUUGUUGCAUUGGACGCCAGCAUGACCGAGGUCAGCACGCAUGGCAUCCGGGGCUUGUCGAGGACGCUACAGUGCACAGUUGACCAAGAGACCGGCAUGAAACGAAGAGGUGGUCCUUGGGGCUUGCGGAUACUUCGACUUCGUCGAUGCGAAAAGCUUAGCGAUGCUAUCUUCUCGUGUCUGGCGAGUUUCCCCCUGCUGAGCUUGACAUCCGUGGAACUCGAUGCAGUCCUGAGCCGAGCAAAACAGGCUGCUUCCAGCCCUGUCGUAACGAGAGGUUACGAUCUGGUGCGCUACGUGAAAGCCUUGGGAUACUCGAGGAAGAUUGCAAUGGUGCUCGGGCUUCCGAAAACCAACGGCUAUUCUCGUCGACAAACACGUAUAUCCUAG